AUGGACGCCAUUUCUAUGGGGCGAAAGUCGAUGGAGCACUCCUCGCGGGCCGCAUCCAGCAAUGGCUUCCACUCGGACAGCGCCACGUCAUCGGCCGCCGGCAUCUCUUCCUCUCUCCUCGAGACCUUCCGCACCAUCCUGACAGAAGCGGAUAGCUACAUCACCCAUUUUGAGGCUCGAAUCAAGCUAGAGGAGGACUACAUCAGAAACCUUCGAUCCACGUUCGAUAGGCAAAAGGAGCUCGAUGGCAGAAUCAACGCCAAGGUCGUUGGCGAUUUCGCCCUCAUGCCGAACGCACAACGCUAUCCUGCACUCAGACGAGUCUGGAUCGAGAUGCGGCAGAACGAUCAACGCGAGCUCGAGGCACGCUCUUACAUGGUUGAGACACUCCGUCAGGCGGUCCUGGCACCCUUGCUUGCCUUUCGGGACUCCCAGGAACGGAUCCGCAGGCGAGUCAAGGAGGACCUCCGUACUAGCUUUGCGCAAUACGACGAGAUGCGUGGCGUGGAUCUGCCCAGGAUCCGGCGAGUCUACGAGAGAAAGGCAGAGGAGGUCGAGAACAUGCAGCUUCAGGCACAGGCAGUCGAGGAUCAGCGAAUGCUUUUGAGCACAAAGACCGCCGACCGUGAAUCAAGUUCGAUGCACCACAGCCGUGCGCUCUCCUCCUCAGACAUCGAGCCAGUGGCCAUGUCGCCUCCUUCUACAUUCUCCUUCGCGGGUGGUGCCAGCGGCGGAGGAGGAGGAGGAGGAGGAGGCGUUUCAAGCCUGCUGAGGCGCAAGAGCAGCCGCGACCGCACACGUCGCCAUUCGAACGCAUCCUCAAGAUCGCUCACAGCCUCCGUCCAGGGCCCCGAGAGCUCGGAUGAAAAGUCGACGCUCGGUUCACCUCCUAGAGUGGUGGGCCAUCUGCCGCAGAACACCAACGCCCUCUCCACGUCACCUCCGAGCCCCAAUUCUGAAAAGAACAAGCCCAAUUUUUUCGAUGCGCUCAAGUCUCGCGAAGGCUGGGAGACGGCGAGGAAGGAAGCGCCCAAGAAGAUCAACGCUUUGAUCAGCCGAAUGCGAGAAGGGGGGCAGGCUGGAUCCGGCAUGGGCGACAGCGGCCCCUCCACACCCUCGAUCAGCGACACCCUUCUGGGUACUUUUGGAGGCAACAGCAACAGCAACAAUCCGUACAAAGCUGCGCAGACCAUCGCCGCCAAGCAGGCGCGCGCAAAGCGAGAGGUGGAAGAAGCCGACAAAGCGUACCGCAGAGCCAUCUUUGAUCUCGAGACGUUGCGUCUGCGCAGGGUGAGGACGCUCAAAGCCGCCGCAGCAUCCGUGACGGAAUGUCGAAACGAACUGGUCCACACGGCUCAAGCUGUCUUCAUGCAGUCGGAACGCUGCCAGAUUGUCCUGCACGACAAAGGCAGCGGUUUGCAUCGCCACAGCGAAGAUCUGGUCAAUAUGGCUGUCGACGGCUUUGACCAAGAACUCAAGUCGAUGGAGGACAACCUGCCCGAUGUUCGAGCUCUCGAAGACUCGCGGGUGUCCUACGUCAACUACUGGCAUGGUGAGCUCAAGAAUCUCAUCUUCGGAACGCCUCUCGCCGACUAUCCGCUCACAGUGCCUUACAGGCUCAGCGACACGUCGGCGCCUCCUCUCAUCGUCUCAAAGUGCAUCGACUUCAUCGAACGUCACGCUCUUGACCUGCCUGGCAUCUACCGCACGUCAGCGAGACAAUCGAGCGUCAAGCAGCUGGCUCUGGCCAUCGAGAAGGACGAGUUCGGAUUUCAAUUCGACCCCGAGAAGGACGAGCCACCCGCCGUAGCAGGCGUCUUCAAAGACUACCUGCGUCAACUGCCCGAGCCGGUCCUCGCCAUCCCUUGGGCAGAGAGGAUCAGAUAUACCCGCGAGAGGGAGGAGCACAUUCGGACGGGCUUUGCCGUGCUGAAAGGAAAGAUACGCCGACUGCCACCCAUCCACCAGAUCACGCUCAAAGUCAUCGUCCAGCAUCUCUGCAAGGUGGCUCAGCACGCCGAUCAGAACAAGAUGACAGCCUCCAACUUGAGCGUCGUCUUCUCACCGUGCCUUUUGUCCGAGGCGGAUCACGAGACCACUAGCGUCGCUGCUGCCAUGGAGGAGGACAAGACGAUGGAAGAUCUGAUCUUGUACUGCAACGACAUUUUCGAUCUCAAGACAGCCGGUGCGCCUUUGCUUCCACCGAUCUCACCUACGGGUGCUCGCGACCUUUCCAGAGCCGGUCAGAGUGCCGCGGAUGCAGCCUUUGCAGCCUCAUCGCCCACUGCAGAAAGCAUCAUGGAGGUUCCAUCUCCAUCGGAUCUGCCGAUUGUCACCGGUGCCAGUCUAAAGAGGAGCAACGCGAUCACGCCAGCCAUCGCUGGCGACCUUCCGGAUGUGCUGGCCAGUCACUCCAGACAUACAAGCGCAGGAUCUGCAAAGGACGUGGCAGUAGCUCCGCAAGCUGAUAUCUCCGCAACAGCCAUCUCGAAUGGAGCACUGACGGCCGGACUCCUUCGGGCCAGCUCGCUGCAAUUGCCGCUCGAUCAUGCCAUUGACUCGGCCCAAGCUUCACAGGGUCAUCCCACUCCCGCCAUGGAGCGGGACGAUCCUCACGAAGAGGCCGCGAUGGCGACUGCCGCUUUCACCGAGCAGGACGCCACCACUCACGUUCAGCCUCCUUAG